AGCGGACAGGGGCGGAGAUGGCGGUUGGGAAUGGCUUCCCCGUGGUUAACUUUUAAAAAAAAAAGAGGGCAGGCCUGACCGCUCCGGAGAAUUCAUUUGAGAUGAAAAGGAUGUUACAAGCAAAACACAAACAUCCGGUUGAUUAUUCGGAGGAUGUGAUCUCCGGGAGAGCGAUUGACGUCAUCGCGCAGCCUCUCGCGAGCUGUUCCUGACUUCCGGCUUCCACCACCGUCCAACCGAAACUCCCCCUCCCCCCGGUCACGGUCCCGGUGUACGGAGACAGGCCGCUCCCCCCCCCGGUCCCGGUGUACAGGGACAGGCCGCUGGCCGCUCCCCCCGGUCCCGGUGUACAGGGACAGGCCGCUCCCCCUCCUGGUCCCGGUGUACGGAGACGGGCCGUUUCCCCCCACCCCCCGGUCCCGGUGUACGGAGACGGGCCGCUCCCCCUCUCGGUCCCGGUGUACGGAGACGGGCCGCUCCCCCUCUCGGUCCCGGUGUAUAGGAGCAGGCGGCUCUCUCUCUCUCUCUCUCUCCUUCCCGGUCUCCGCGGCGUUUUGAAGUUUCUUUCUCCAUCCAGUCGGGAUACGACAAUGACACACUGGUUUCAUAGAAACCCGCUGAAGGCGACGGCCCCGGUUUCUUUCAACUUGUACGGAGUUGCCACGAACACCGCCGCGGCGAAGAUCUGCAAUGACUUGAGAAGCACAAGACUGAAACUUUUGGAGUUAUUCACAGAUGUGAAUUGUAACAUGGACAUGAUGAAAAAUGCAAUGGAUGCUUAUCUUUCUCUUUUACAAGGUUUUAUAUCAUCCCUGGACGGCACAACACAAGAAAACAAAUUGCGUUUCAUUCAGAACUUCAAAUGGACUGACACUCUACAGGGAAAUGUUGCAAGUGCCCAGCAGGAUGCUAUCUUUGAUCUGGUUUCCAUGGAGUUUAACAUAGCUUUGUGGCAUACAAAAUAUGCCUCCAGACUAGCUGGAAAGGAGGAUAUAACAGUGGAUGAAGCAAAAGACGUGCAUAGAAGUUUGAGGAAUGCAGCUGGAAUCUUCAAACAUAUUAAGGAAGGUGAAGUAAGUAGACUUGUGACAGCACCUGAGAAAGGAAAGGAUCUUGAAUCACGGGUUCUAGAUACGUACAUCAUUCAGUGCCAAGCUGAGGCUCAAGAAGUGACCAUCGCAAGAGCCAUUGAAUUGAAGCACAACUCUGGUCUGAUUGCAGCUCUUGCCAAUGAAACAGCCAAUUUCUAUCAGAAGGCUGAUCACACUCUUACCACCUUGGAUCCAACUUACACUGCAAAAUGGAGGAAGUAUUUACAGCUUAAAAACUCCUUCUACCUGGCUUAUGCAUAUUGUUACAAUGGCCAGACACUGUUGGCCAGUGACAAAUGUGGGGAAGCCAUCCGCUCACUGCAAGAAGCAGAGAAGUAUUACUCCAAGGCAGAGGCUUUAUGCAAGGAAUAUGGUCAAACAAAAGGUCCAGGAUCAACAGCCAAGCCAUCCGAGCACUUGUUCUUUAGGAAGUUGGGAACAUACAUCAGAAACACUCUAGAAAAGUGUCAGAGAGAGAAUGGGUUCAUCUAUUUCCAGAAGGUUCCUCAAGAGGCUCCACAGCUGGAACUGAAAGCAAACUAUGGUUUGGUGGAGCCCCAGUCAUUUGAACUUCCAGCACUCAGUAGUCAGUGGAGCCAGGAUGUGUACACUGCUUUCGAUAUUACCAAAGGCCCCAAGGAUGACAAGGCUAAGGAUAAAAAGGAAGACGAGGUGAAGCCAGUGAAGGAGCCAGACCUGAAACCCCAGAAAGACACAGGAUGCUUGAUUUCUUAAGGAGACAAUAAAACACAAUGCAAUUGUCUGAACAGGGCCUGCAGCCACUACAUAAAGUACAUGGCUAGUCUCUCAAUAGGACCUUGUUUAAGUGGCCAUGAACCAUGACUUCCUGGUUUCCCUUCACCCACUCCUGCCUCCUGUAUAAUGUUUGCACUUUUAAACAGAGUCAUCAAGACACUAGUAAAGAAAAAAAAACUUUUUCCAGUUUUCUAAUUUUACUCCGUUUGUGUCCAAGAUGAGGAUUGAGUACCCUUCUGGCCAAUUUUCGCCUAUCCUGGAAACAUCCAAGUUUUAUCAUCCGCUGCCAAGAAGCUGAAACAGACAAAUCAAUUGGACCCUUUCAGUGAUUCAUAUUGUUGCAACUUUGUUAGUAUACUGGCCUUGAACAUCUAACUAUUGUGCCCCAGCAAGACUCGACAAACAUUGAUUUUUCUGAAUUCUAAACUUUUAUCUCACAUUCAAGCUUUGUUUGGAUUACUUGCAAUUAUUUGGUGUUAAUUUACUCUUUUCGCUCCCAUAACCCUAUGUUCAUGUCCCUGCUUUCUCUGUCACCAAUUCCUAAUCCUGAAUUUCUCCCCUCUGCAGCAUAGCAGAAUGUGGUAAUUAUGGCUAGAGGUGGGGGUAGAAAGCUACAACCACUCAACUGCUGGAUUACACAAUACAGACAACUGCCAAUUGGCUUUGGUAGUUGAGAGGAAGGAGGUUCAGAUUUUUCAUAGGAGUACUCAAUCAGACGUUGCCCAUGACUCUACCUUUUCCUCAAAUUAACUCUAAUUUUCAGUGGCACAUUCCAAGUUGCCUUUUAAAUCCUAUUCACACAGCACUCAAACCCUGCCUUCUCAAAUAAGUGUGUCACCUGACCAUUUCCCACUUACUCCCUCCACUCCAAAUUGCUUCAUAUAUUGUCACUAAAAUAAUUUGGGUUUUUCUGCUCUAAUGCCCUUCCAAUUGAAAAUAUGCAUUAAACAUAGGAUUGAGGUGGUACUCAAACUAGUCUUUCAAAGGAAUAGCUAAGAAAAUGUAAAUGAAUAUAUAUUACACAUGAAACUAUAAAUGUAAUAAAAUAUUACACAUUUGAAUUUUAGUGUUUGGGAAUGGGAACUUUACUAGUAGGUUUUGUUUUAAAUGGAUUCUACAUUUAGAUCGGGAAUAAAAACCAAGUGCUGGAGAACCUCAGCAGCUCUGGCAGCAUGUGUGGAGAGAGAGAGAAACUGUUAAGGUUUUGAAUCAAUACCUUCUGUUCCUAGUUGGGAUUUCCUGCCAGUAGCAAGCAUUCACAGGCUGAGAUUUCACUCAUCCCUGAGGAUAGAUGAGAGGGGAAAAAUAAUCCGCCCAGGUUUACUUCCUAACUGCUCACCACUGCGUGUAUUUAUAAUGUUCAUAACAGUUAAAGAAUCCAUUAUUAACUCUAAUACUGGUCUGAGGGUUUGACAGCCCAGAAUAAUUUUGUGCCAUGGAUGAGGUUAGUGGGCUUGAAGUGGAGAUGGUGCUGGUGUUUAGGCUGAUGGUGUUCUGUGGCUAGGCGCUGGCUGGAGUUUUGGGCUGCACCUGGUCCCAGACAGGAGCAUUCUCAGGUUGAAGGGGCAGGAAAGUGCAGUUUAUUUGACUGUGGGUGAACCUGGAGGAGGGUGUUCCCAGCUCUGGUGAGUAUCUAGGUAUGUCUUUGACUGUGGGUGAUCUGUAAGUUCUGAUUCCACGCUUGGACUCCUUUAUCUGUGUUGCCAUUUUAAGUAAUGGAGAGCUCCCUGGGAGACUCUGGUCAAAAUGUAGAGAGCACUGCAUCAAUGUGGCACUUACACAGAUAAAUGUAGAUUCCAGUAUGUUUUAAAAAAAGACUGAAGGCUUACAAAGAAGUCAAAGGGAAAAUUGAUGUAACUGAGUGAAGGGAGAGAAAUGAAGGUUUUAUGGAUAACAUUGAUCAGUAAUGUCCUACCCCUUUUGCUUAGUGUUAAAAUGCUGGUUUAUCAUGUAAUCUUGUGUUGAUUAACAAGAUAAUGUAAUCAAUUUGUUGCUUGGGAAAAAAUAAACACAUUUAUACCAUUUAAA